CGGGGCGUUGCUCAGGUGCGGCGGGAGGAGGCGGCGGCGGCUCGGCAGAGCAGUGCUCCCUGCGCCGCCGCCAUGAGCAGCGCGGAGCCGCCGCUCGGGGCUGGGCCGCGGGCUCAGCCCGCCUGGAAGCGGGAGAUCCUGGAGCGGAAGCGGGCCAAGCUGGCCGGAGCGGCCGGCGGCGAGCCGGAGCCCCCGGCGGGGGAGCGGCUGGUGGUGGCGGAGAGCCUGGGCCCGCUCCGGGAGAACCCCUUCAUGCGGCUGGAGAGCGAGCGGCGGCGGCUGCGGCAGGGGCUGCCCGGGCACGGCCCCGGGGCGGCGCGGCCGCUGCAGCAGCUGCUGGAGCUGUACAGCGCCGUGCCCGGCAUCCGCACCAUCCGCGCCGACAACAUCCUCAUCAUCGAGUCCCAGCCCGACGCCGCCGCCUGCUUCGCCGAGGGGGACGCGCUGCCCGGCCGCCGCCGGGACCCUGCCGCCGCCGCCGCCGCCUCCUCCUCCUCCUCCCCGCCGCGGCGCCCCGACCCGCUGCGGGAGCUGCUGGCCCGCCGCGGCGCCGCCCUCGCCGAGAUCCGCGCUGACCAGGUCGUCAUCUACGAGGCGGCCGAGCCGCCGGAGCCGCCCGAGGCGGCCGAGCCGGGCACCGUCAGCCGCCUCCUGGAGAAGUUCGGGCAGCGGCCGCGGGGCCGCCGGCGCCGCGGCGGGGAGGCGCCGACCGGGCCCGGGCCCGGCGCCGUGCCAGGCGGGGCGGCUGCUCCUCCGCAGGUGGGACCGGGCUCCCCCCGGGCCGCGCCGGCUACACCUCCGGCGGUGCCGGGCUCCCCCCGCGCCGGGCCGCCCCUUUCGCCGGUGGUACCCGGCUCCCCCCGCGCCUCGGCGCCCCCCCAGAGGGCACCCGGCUCCCCCCGGGCCUCGGCCCCGAAGGCUGGACCGGGAUUUCUGCAGGCAGGGCCGGCCUCCCCCCAGCCGCUGCCGGCUCCCCCCCGGGCUGCCACCCCCCCGGCGGUGCCGGCCGCCCCCCAGCCUGCUGUCCUGCAGCCGGCUCCUCCCCGGGCUGCCCCCCCUCAGCCCGCGGCACCUCAGCCGCUCCCGGCUCCCCCCCGGCCUGUCACCCCCCAACCUACAGCCCCCCAGGCAGCCCCGGCUCCCCCCCGGGCCGCAGCCCCCCAGGCGGUCCCAACCGCCCCCAAGGCCGCAGCCCCCCAGGCCAACUGCUUUCUCCACAAGAUCGGCUCCAACUCCUUCACUGUCACCCCCCGGGGCCUGCCCCCCGGCAGCCGCAUCCCCGAGCCCGGCACUGUCCCCGCCGGCCGUCCUGCGCCGCCCAAGGGGCCGCCAGUGCCAUCCGCCAGCGCUUCCCGUGCCAGAGCCAACGCCAGGAGGCCAAAGCCGGAGGAGGCCGAAGCGCCCGAGUCGCCCCUGCCCAGUGCCAGUCUGGCCCCCAGUGCCACCGGCUCCACCCAGCCGCUCUCUGCCUCUGCCCCCCGGGCCGGGGGCUCCUUCGAAAUCCACCCGGCCCCCAAGCCUGACUUGGCCGCCAUCCCAGCCCAUGACCUGCAGGCCCAGGCCUUGGCCAAGCUGCGCCUGAAUUCGCGCAAUUCCUUCGUCUUCGUGCCCCGCCGGGAGGGCGGCCUGGCUCUGCCCCCGGCCCAGAGUGCCAGGCCGGGGCCGCCGCCGCGGUCCUCGGAGGAGAAGGCACCGAAGGAGCCCCUGAGGGCUUCCGCCCCGGAGCAGGAAGAGCCUGUCGCUUCCCCACCGGCGCCUCUGGAUCCGUUGGUACCUGUGACUUACAUCGAUGACAUUGUGGAGCCGGACAGUGGGGAGCUCUCUCCCAGGGCUGGCUCGGCUGUGAGGACGGGGAGCUUGGCAGAUCAGCCUGGAGGAGCUGGAGACCUGGAGAUGGAGUUUUCCUCCGUGCCCCUCUACAGACCGCACUCUGCUCCUCACCAGAGGGGAGGCAGCACCUUCACUGUCGUGCCCAAAAGGAAGCCCGUUGCCUCAGGGCUGCAGAGUCUCACUGAUGCCAGCGGAAGGCCGCAGCAGGAAGAAGAGGAGGAGGAGGAGGAGGAGAGCAAAGGAAAAGGCAAAGCCGUGGACAACGCUGAUGGGCCCCAAGUGGGGAUGUCCCAUAAAAAGCGCUACCCCACGGUGAAUGAGAUCGAAGUGAUCGGGGGGUACCUGUCCCUGGAGAGGUCCUGCAUGAGCAAGACAGGCUCCCGCCGCAAGAAGAUGAAGAUCUCUUUCAAUGAGACAAGUUUGCAGACUAUGUUUGAGUACCCAUCAGAGAGCUCACUGGCAGAAGAGGAGGAGGAAGAGGAAGGACAUGUUUCUGAAACAGAGGAGGACAAAUCUCGCACCUUUUACAUUCCACGCCCAAAUAGCACUUUGCAUCCCAAUACACCUAACUCAGCAGAUUUAUCCAGCUAUACCCCAAAGCACUCUGUGAAGUUCAGCGAGUGGCAGGAGCAGAAGUAUGAGGAGAUGCCUGCUGCAGAGGGACCCCUCCCGAAGGAAGCUGAUUCCCAUGGGAACCAAGUCAUGCUCACCCCAGCAGAGAAGGGCGGACUCUCCGAUUUCAGCAGCGAGCCUGCUCUGUAUUUUUGAUGGCUUCAUCUUCUAGCCUGCAGCAGCGGCUGCUGGUCAAAACGUGUCAGUGCACCUUCCGAAUGUCCAUGCAAGCACCACGGAAAUGAGCUUCUGGGUCCCUCCCUCACCACAGUUUUCGUUGGAGCCUGAUGCCAAGGGUGGGCUAGAUGCUAUCGGGCAUCUUCGGAGAAUAUUUGCACUGGAUUGUGGGACCUAACUACUACUUUUAGGGCGUAUGAUUUAUUUUACCUGUGGCCUUGCGUAUUCCUUGUUCAAGAUCAGCUGCCGAUAAGGCAAGCAUCUUAAGAACAGAUCUGUAAUCCUGGGAUGGAUGUAGAUUCUCUCAGUGCUUAUCUGAGUCCACACAUCCAGGCACUGUAUGGGGCCUGGGCAGCUUUUGUAACACUUCUCCCAUCAGAGGCGCCAGUGAAGAGCGGUUCUGGAGUUGGAGCACUGGGAGUAUCUGGGCAGUUAGCUGGAUUCACAGAAGUGGUUGUGAUUUGACAGCUAGAUUGGGUGUCAGUUCUCAGCACGUUUCUGGGUCUAGUUUCACUGAACCAUCAUGGAAUUAAUGUGCCAGUUAUGUUCUUGUGAAAGAAGCUGAACACAGUGUGAGGGAUGGGAAGGGGAAUAAAUGCUUGUGUCAUUUUUGCACUGAUCUGUAAAGAAGUGUCCAGACUGGCUUGAGCCUCUUAAAGAUUCCCAAACAUUGGCCAUAGCUUUGAUCUGUCCAUACCCAACUCUGGGGUCCAGUCUCUCAUAACUGCUAAUUGUGCUUCAUUUUGCCAGUUCCUCUUGUUGCUUUGUUCUAGCAUCUAAUGGGGCCAGGCCCAAGAUUUAUCUGUCUUGGUUGGCAGGAAGGCUUCUUUCUAGCCAUGCUUGCCCUGCUCCUCUAAUGCAAAGCACAGGAGGGCAAUUUCACUCCUUUCUUCUGCAGAACUUGAACAAGGAAUAUGGUAUUUUUUCUAGGAUUUUUUUAUAGUUCUAUUGUAAUUGUUUAAUGCAGCCAAUAUGCAAAGGAAUCUGCUAGACUCUUCCAUUUUAAGUUUUCUACUACUGUAAACUCAGGGUCAAAAUUGCACUCUGGAAAAGAUGGAAUACUGCUGCUAAUGUGAUUUGUACUUCUGGGAUUAAAAGAGAUGCGGUUGGAAUAGAUACAGCCUCUUUGGGCUUUAUGAAAUGAGUGGUAGCCCAGUGUGUGGCUCUAUCCAAAGGAACAGGCUGGUAUCUUUGAUUAAAUUUGAUACUUUUACUGGUUUGUCUGUUAUGUAUAGAUGAUGAAUGUCUAGUCAAGUUGACACUGGUCUAUGAACUGAAAAUGCUCUGCAUACCUUGCACUUGUUUUGGUGUACACUGUAGCAGCAGGAGGAAGGUUGUUCUGCUGAAAAAUAUGGUCAGGACUAAAUGUUAGGACAUACCUUCUUCUAGUUGUCCUCAUCUUCUGCCCUGGGUGCCUAAAUAUUUCUGGAAAGAUAAUGCAAAAAAAAAAAAAAAGAUGCUCAGCAGCUUGUUAGAUGUUGGCUGGAGAGGCCACAAAGGAAGACUUUCCACCUCCUUGUACAUCUAAGGCUUGUCCUUUUCAAGCUAACUUGAGAUCUUCUCCCUGCAUGACCUCCCAGGAGCAAUGUGUGGCUGGCAGCACAUCUGCCUGUGACAUGACAGAAGUACAGUGGAAAGAGCAGUGAUUCCUGUGUGCUGAGGCUUCUCCCGUUAAUUAAAUACUUCAGGACAAGAUGCUGAGACUGGGGUAGAAUGAUGAAAAAUGCAGGCCUGCUAGUAACUGCUAGAUUUAAGGGAUGAGUAAGUUAUCAGAUAUGUGGAGUUAAACACAGCUGUGCACACAGCCAAAGGAGAUCAGGGACUGUGUUUGAAGAAAAGGUUAUGCACAGGUUUUCUAGCAGAAAAGGUCUCAGUGAGUAUGUUGCACUGCAGAAAAGCUCAGGCCAGUUUAAGGCAGCUCUGUCUCUAGAUUUGCAACUUAAAAAAACUGCAGGUGGUGAAGCAAAAGCUGCUUGCAAUUAAACUUAGGGACAAGGUGUCUGAACUAGUCCUGACUUUGUUCUGCUGUGGAUCAGUGAGGAAUGCUAAAGCCAACAAUAUCCUGCAGGUUGUUCCACUGACUUCAGCCAACUGAAAUGCUGCUCUGGUAUUCUGCGUGCUGUUCUCAGUGAAUUAGCUCUGUGCCUGCAACUUAGGACAGGCUCAGUGGAGGUGUGGGAGUGCAGAGUGUGCUUCUCAAAAGGAGCAGGUGGUGCCCUGGUGUACUGCUGACUUCUCUACUCCUUCCAGUUUGCCUGCUCUACCUUGUAGCUGUGAUUUGCACCUCCCUGAGUGCUGCCAUUGUACUUUCUAGCUUUGUAUUCUUAAUACCUGUCUGUACCGGAUGAACUCUUAGCUUGCUUUUGGCAGAGGAAGGUGAAUGCUGUUUCGAGGGCAGAAGCAUUAGCUGGUAAGUCAUCUCCUGGGAUAUGCUUCCAUAUCACUGUGCUCAAAAUAAAGGGUAUUUUUUUUUUUUUGUAGAUGCCUACCCUAAUCUCUAGCAUUUGAGGAUUAACUUUAGUAGACCUCUAAUACCAAAGUGCAUCCGAAAGGAAAAUUUACUUUUGCAAGACAAAGACUUUUAUUAAAUGCAGCAUCCUUGUACCAGAACAGCAGCUGUCCCAGACCAACAGGACUUUCCAGGUUGAAGAACAAGUUUAGGAAUGCUUUUGUCCAUGUGCUUGUUUUUCUUUCUCCUUUGAAGUACUUUGUGGCUCACUGGCUUUACCAGCAUUCCCGAUUUCUCCCUUCAGGACAUCUAGCAAUGACUGAGAACUCUCCAGUAUCUGGGAAAUAAAUUAAUAAAAAUAGCUUAUUUUUACAUAAACUGUUUCUCUUAUGAGUUCCCUUCAAAUUCAGCUGAUCUACCUUGCAGCAAGAGGGGUUCUCCAGCACUUACAAUAUCUAAUUCUUGGUGAUGUAUUGUCCUAUCUCACUGCAGGAAUAUCUGUGGAGGAAUUUCUCUGGUUCGUGCCCAUAUUCUGAAUACGAAACAGCUUAACCAAUUUAUCUGUCUUGGAGCACGAGGCGGAGAACUUCCUGAAGCAGGCUGUGGGGUGAACUUUUGGGUUGUGGGGUUUUGUUUGUUUUUUGAUUUUUUUAAGGGAGAUGUUGAUACCUGGGCUUUUUAGAUCAGUAUUAAAUUGUGCUCAGCUGACCCAGUUUCAAUUGUCUUCCACUGUUAAAACUGCAUGCUUUAGGUUUCUUGCUCCAAGACUAAUUCAACUCCACAAUGACCUUAAGUCAGACUAAAUCUUUCCUCUUAUUAAUUUUCUCCCAUUUUUAGCUUAUACUGUAUGUAACAUAACAUUCCCUUUUACUAUGCUCUAGGAAGCAAGGCUACAACAGGUUUAGGAGAUCUUGCUGCCUGUCCAUCUUGCCAUUUUAAACUUUUAACAUGAUGGACAAUUGCAACAAUAUGAUGGCAGGGUUGUAGUCCCAAAGAUCAUUUACGUUCCUGUGAACCUGUGGAAAUCACUAAGUGGUCAGAGAAGAGAUGAAGGUAGGUGCCCUGCAGGAUGAGACACCAGUAGAACAUGUUGGUGGGAUCUUGCCAUCUUGUCCGUGGAAGAAGGUGGAGUCCUGCAACUGUCACGGGCUGGGGAAAGGCAAGGAGUGUGAUUACAGACAAGAGAAGUACAUCCACAGGAAAGGAACUUUGUUACUGGUUUCUGUUUACAGCCUGUCUGCAUUUCCUCUCCUAACCACCUCUGCUUUUUACUUACUGUGACUGCCUUUUAAUUUCAAUAAACGUGAAUUCAUUUGUA